CUGUCACAUUCUGCACAGUUGCACACAGACCAGCGUUCACGACCUUUGGCUCUACCGGACAAGUUCUCCGAGAGGCAGUUCCUCAGCCUACGAUGCCAAUUGGCUGUUCGUGCAACUCUCGCGCCCCCACCAGUUUACAGUUCAAUCGUGAUACGUUUAGAAUAACCACGGGAGGUUACUUUUACAUAUAAACACAUGCGUACGUGCAGAUGAGGUGACGCGCAAGUGUGCGUCGUCCAGCAAACCAACGACUUCCCGUCCAACAUCGAAUGUGUGAAGAUUAACCAGGCUACCCUUUUGACCCACUGGACUGCUGUGGCCAAAGACACGGGCCAGUGUGGAGAGCACACUGCGCGGAAAGGAUCUAAACCUGCUGCCUCUUCUUGAACUGCAUAGACGAGAAGAUCUUCACAUCUCGCCAACAUGACGGAGAAACGAAUGUCGCGGUGGUAUUUUGGGGGAAUCGCCUCUUGCGGGGCUGCCUGCUGCACACACCCGCUUGAUCUCAUCAAGGUUCACCUGCAGACUCAGCAGGAGGUGAAGUUGAGGAUGGUGGGGAUGGCCACGCAUGUGGUGAAGAGCGAAGGCUUCCUGGCCCUCUACAGCGGCCUCUCCGCCUCCUUGUGUAGACAGAUGUCCUACUCCCUGACAAGGUUUGCCAUCUACGAGACUGUAAGGGACGUGAUUGGGAGCACGAGCCAGGGGCCCAUGCCUUUCUACCAGAAGGUCCUACUGGGGGCUUUCGGAGGUUUCACUGGAGGAUUUGUCGGCACGCCAGCAGACAUGGUGAAUGUCAGGAUGCAGAAUGACGUUAAACUCCCGCCAGAGCUCAGGAGGAACUACAAACAUGCUAUCGACGGACUCGUGCGAGUCUUCCAGGAAGAAGGAUUAAGAAAACUGUUCUCCGGCGCCACCAUGGCCUCCAGCAGAGGAGCUUUGGUGACUGUGGGGCAGCUGGCGUGCUACGACCAGGCCAAGCAGCUGGUGCUGGGAACAGGCGUGAUGGGAGAUAACGUACUCACCCACUUCCUGUCCAGCUUCAUUGCUGGAGGAUGUGCCACAUUCCUCUGUCAGCCUCUAGAUGUCAUGAAGACCAGGCUCAUGAGUUCCAAAGGAGAGUACACAGGAGUGACACAUUGCCUACGAGAGACAGCCAGGCUGGGUCCAAUGGCUUUCUAUAAGGGUCUGGUGCCAGCAGGGAUCCGCUUAAUUCCUCACACAGUGCUGACCUUUAUGUUCCUGGAGCAGCUCAAGAACCACUUUGGUAUCCGCAUCAUCUCCUGAUCUGCUCUGUCCUCCUCCUCUCUCCUCAAUGCAUUGCGCCACUGACGGUGCCUUGAUCUCUUCUGUGGUGACCAGUCACAUCUAUAAGGUCCAUUUGUGUCCAUGGGGAUUUAGGUCCAAUGGAAACCAGAACUGUAAUCUCCUGGCUUUUCUCCUUUUUAUUUUUUUUUCUCCAUCUGUUUUUAAAACUGUUAUGAUUAUGGAAGAAAGAGAGCAGCGUCUAUAACCUAUAACUUCCUCUAUCAGUGAAAUCUAGGUUAAUAUACAGCAUGAAUAUUUAGGUUCUGCUAUUAACGUGCCAUGUUGAACAUUAUCUUUUAAUUUUUUUUGCCAAUGUUUAGGGUGACUUUAGGUUUGUGUUAUUUUUGUAGUUACUAAACAAUUCCUUCAGUUCUUAUUUUUAAUAAUUAUGCCUGGUAAAGUUGAAUUAAUUUAGAUUGUAGAAUUGAAUGUGUUUCCUACCAAUCUAUCCCGUUUCCAAAACAGAAAGACAUUGCCAAAACAUACGGUUGUUUUGAUGUCUUACAGUGAAUGAAUCAAUAGAUGCCAAUGGAACAUUUACACGUUAGAACAUUACAUAUUAUCUACUCACUUAUAAGUGAUGAGGUUGGAAAGUUUCUACCUGAUUCCACCAUGCUUGUAUCCCAAACUUUAAGAUGAUGUAUCAGACAAGGGGACCAAGGGGAAAACACUGAGAAUAGUUUGGUAGAAAUCCUCCCAGCCUUUAUAAGUAUACGUCAAAAGGAAGAUGUAAUACAUCUAUGAACCUUAGUAUUUAUGCUAAUCUAUUAAUUCGUACUAAUGUUAUGAUCAUCUGGAGAACUGACACCUAUAUCGUGUCUUUAACACUAUGUGUCCAUGUUACGGCUGAAACCAUAUUGUGUCAAGGUACUUAACACACACAAACAUACAUGUAUUUCAAACUCAAAUUUUAUUCAAUAAUGUUGUUGGCAUUUUCCUACUAAUGUGCUGUGUUGUUGAUUUUACGUUGGCUUCAUUUCAAAGGUUUUCUGCAGUCAUCUGACAUAUGUUGUUGCUGUUAAGUAGAUUCGAUUUAGGUUGGUCAUAGUAUUUCUGUUGUGGGCAUUAUUCUCUAUAAGGUAUCUACAGCUGUGUAAUCAUCUACUGAAUUCCAAUUAUAGUGCUGUUGCCUUAAAUACGAUAUGCCCUCAAGGGGGCAGCAUGGUACUGCUGAACGAACUCUAACUGUCACUAGAUGGUUCAUGUUUAUCAGUCUUUCACUGCAAGUUCACGCAUCCCUCAUUUCCACUGAUGAUAAUGAAUGUGGCUCGCCUCCACGAUUCUUCACUGUGGAGUCUAAAUCAAUCAUCUCCGAGGGAGAUGUAGCCUUAUUGAUGCAGACGCAGACUACAGUAGCCACCUUGCAAUGUGAAUUUGACGAUGUCCUAGAUUAUUUUGUAGAUUAGUAAUUUAUGAUUUUGCAAUAGAAAAUAAUGGUUGAAAGGCUUAUAGGUUUGACUUUAGCAUCUAAUGCAGUAUGAACAAUUUAUGUUAAUAAGAAAUAAAUCAUGUUAAAACCA